AUGCUUAUUUUCUGGCCCCCACUCGAUCUCUCCACACAUCACUCGACCCUUCAUCUCAUUCCACAUGCUUGGCAGAAAAUGGUUGGCGUCGGAGGCCGAAGCAAAGGCUGUCGAACCUGUCGACGGCGCAAAGUAAAAUGCGACGAAGGACAACCCCUAUGUCAGCGAUGCAAAACAGCAGGUAUUCAAUGCGACGGAUACGUCCAAUUCUCGGAAUUCAUAGACGAGAGAAACCGCCUGGUCAAAAGAGGCACAAUCAAGUUGCCAUCUCCUUCAAGCUCAACCACGAUAUCAAAUCACAACUCUCCAUUCUCGGAAAAGGCGUCAGAACAUAUCCAGCCGUUGAAUUUCACGACCAACCUACCCUGGAACGAAGAUGACCUCCUAAACACACACCUAAUAAACCGAAUUUUCACCUGGCAUGAAGACCCCGCCUCGCCAUACGCAGCAUCAUGGAUCUCAGCCCUAUUCAAACAAAACAAAAAGAGGAACUUAUCAAAUGCCUCAAUGCGCGCAUUGGCGACGGUCUACUUCGCUAAAGUAAAUAAACAAUCGCAGCUUAUGCGUCGGGGUGCGUCGGUUUAUUCUCAGGCUUUGAGUAUGCUGCGUUCGCAGCUCCAAAACAGUGAUCUGGCGGUUAGUGAUGAUGUCGUUAUUGCUGUGAUUUAUUUGGGGAUCUAUGAGUCUGUUACGUUUACGCAGCCCGGGGCUUGGUUAGCACAUUAUAAGGGACUGGCUAGAUUGGCGAUCGGUUACAUCGUCGAGCGAAAGAGAUGUUUUCUGGAGGAUCCAACGUGGAAAAAAGUUCCAUGGGCGUUGAAAGGCGAAGACGCAAAAACACCGACCGAUCGACUCCACGAUAUCCUGGUUGAUAUACCCGGAAUCCUUGAAGACACAAGCCAGAGCAAAACCUGGGAUCCAGCCUUUCCGGGAAAAGACGAAUUCGAUACCCGAUUGAUACCACGAGUCCUGUCAACACUUGAAACAACGAUCUCCGACACAAUAAGCGACCCACUCCUCCCAAGACAGGGAACCAGGAAUGACGUCGCAGUCGAGAUCUGCCGUAUGGUCGAUUAUCAUCUUCACUACUUGCGGCGAAGUUCCGGUGCUUUCAUGCUUAUCUUCCCGCUUAAUGUCGCACAUAAUCAUCUAGAUGUGGGCUCUGUUGAGGCGAGGAGGUGGUUGGAGGGGGUUAUGGCUGUGAUUGCUGAUUCGCAUGGGUUUGAGCUUGGGAGGUCGGAGAAUAUGCCGAGGAGGGUGAGUAAUGAUUGA